CGGAAGGACUAAUAUUUUCAAGUGUAGAUAAUAAUUUACUAUCUAGGCUGACAAGGUUGGACACUCUUGACCUCUCAAACAUCUUUCCUAUAGGCCAACCACUUGCACUUGAGAAUCCUAACCUAAAGCAAUUCUUUGAUGGUUCAAAAGAACUAAGGGAGCUUUAUCUAGACGGCGUUAAUAUAUCUGCACAAACAAAUGGAUGGUGUCAGACUAUAUCUUCUACCCUGCCAAAAUUAAGAGUACUAAGCUUAAAAAGCUGUCGACUUUCAGGGCCCAUUGAUCCUUCCCUUCUGAAAUUGCGCUUUCUUUCUGAAAUCUAUCUUGAUCGAAACAAUUUGUCCACUGUUGUUCCCGAAUUCUUAGCUAAUUUCUCAAACUUGAAGAUCUUGAGCCUAAGUUCCUGUAAUCUGAAGGGAGCAUUUCGAGUAGAGAUUUUCCGUUCACUCUGGGGUCUAGAAGAAUUGGUUUUGGAGUAUAAUCAAGACCUUAUUGGAGAGCUUGCACCAUUUCUAGAGAACAGAUCACUCAGGAAGAUUUCAGUAAGCAACACUCAGUUUUCUGGUCAGCUGCCAGCUUCCAUAAGCAAUCUGAGCAAUUUGUCUCGGAUAGAUAUCUCAUACUGCAAAUUCAACGGGUCAAUUCCGUCUACAAUGGGAAAACUCAAGAGUCUUUCUUAUGUGGAUUUCUCAUUCAACAAUUUCUCUGGCUCAAUGCCAAAUUUCCAAUGGUCACACAACCUUGCUUACAUAGACUUCUCUGGGAAUGCCUUAACAGGUCCACUUUCUUUCAAUCAUUUUAAAGGCCUUUCGGAAAUUGUGUAUAUAAAUUUAGGGUCUAAUUUUCUAUCUGGAAGAAUUCCACCGUCUCUUUUUUCACUCCCCUCAUUGCAGAAACUUCUGCUUUCUAAUAAUUCAUUUGAUCAGGUUGAUGCAUAUUUGACUGCAUCUCCCGCCUCUCAGUUGGAUACACUAGACUUGAGUUUUAACAAUAUAAAAGGGUCCAUUCCAAAAUACUUCUUUGAUCUUUCAAAUUUAAAAGUGUUGACACUUUCUUCCAAUUCAUUUGGUGGAAGCAUUCAGUUUAAUAACCUCCACAGCCUCCCAAACCUCACAAGAUUGGAGCUUUCUCGCAACAAUCUGUCAGUUGAUGUCAGUGGUUCAGCCUCCUCGUCCUUUCCGCAGAUUACAACUCUAACAAUGGCUUCUUGCCGGUUGAAAAAAUUUCCAGAUCUUCGAAAUCAAUCAAGAUUGAUGCACUUAGACCUAUCAGACAAUGAAAUCAGAGGGAAAGUUCCAUACUGGAUAUGGGAUGUGGGUAAUGGAAGACUCAGUCAUUUGAAUCUGUCCUACAAUUUUCUAGAAGAUCUUGAAAAGCCUUAUACAAUUCCAAGAAAUCUAUACUUGCUUGACUUGCAACACAAUCAACUGCAAGGCCAACUUCCUAUGAUGCCAGGUUCAAGCAUUAUCUACCUUGAUUACUCACAUAAUCGUUUCAACGGUUCCAUCCCAAUAGAUAUUGGAAAUAUUAAUAUAGUUUUCUUAUCACUCUCUAAUAAUAGCUUCAUGGGGAGAAUUCCUAUAUCCAUAUGCAAUGCUUCGUAUCUCCUAGUGCUUGAUUUAUCCCACAAUAAGUUGAGUGGCCCCCUUCCGUCCUGUCUAUUAGGCACCAUUGGGACUCUUGGGGUACUAAACCUGAGGGAUAAUCAAAUCAUUGGCAACAUUCCGGACUCCUUUCCAAGCGAUUGUGCACUAAAAACAUUAGACCUCAGUGAAAAUUUCUUACAGGGAAGGAUUCCCAAAUCUCUGGUCAAUUGUUCAUCAUUAGAAGUUUUGAAUAUUGGGAAGAACAAAAUCGUAGAUACCUUCCCAUGCCAAUUGAAGAACAUAUCAAGCCUUCAGGUCCUCCUAUUACGAUCCAAUGGUUUCCAUGGUCACCUUCACUGUGUUGAUAAUGCCAACCUUACUUGGCCAAGUUUUCAACUAUUUGACAUUGCUGAUAAUCACUUUAACGGCAAACUCCCCUCAAAUUUUUUCUUGAGUUUGGAGGGAAUGAUUGGUAGCCAAAAUCCUGUUAACUCAGGGUCCCACAUCAGCUUUAAGUACUUGAGGCUCAGCAAGUGGUACUACGAGAGUAGAGUUAUGGUAACCAUGAAAGCAAACGAGAUAGAACUGGUGAAAAUUCUCAAAAUCUUCACCUAUUUAGAUUUCUCAAGCAACAAUUUCGACAGAAUUAUACCAUCCACAAUCGGGGCUCUUGAUUCUCUUUACGUUCUAAACCUAUCGCACAAUUCUCUCACCGGGAACAUCCCAAAAACAAUCGGAGAUCUGAAAACGAUCGAAUCGUUAGAUCUGUCAGGGAACGAGCUACAUGGAUCAAUCCCGCCGGAGCUUGGGAACCUCACAUUCCUUUCCUACUUGAAUCUAUCACACAACAGACUCUCUGGUGCGGUUCCAGCAGGCGAUCAGCUAAAUACAUUUGAUGAGAAAUCGUACCUGGGCAAUCCUGGACUGUGCGGUUUGCCGCUCUUAAAUAGUUGCGAGUCACCUCCAGUUUCCAGAGGAGACGAAUCUGAGAGAGAAGCGGACUAUGGUGAAGCAGAGAUGGAUUGGGAACCUACUGCUUUGGGAUUUCUCCUGGGUUUAGGCGUAUACCUUUGGAUGCUUUUUCGUAACAAAAGAUGCUGGGAAGCGUAUGAACAGCUUGACGAGGUCCUUGGACGACUUUUUAGUCAAAGAAAAGUAAGAAGGCUAUCUCCAGGGCGCUAAGUUCGUCCAAAAUCUUAGACCAGCACACUGCUUCUACUCGAGAAGGAGAUCGAUUUCAUAUUUGAAUUUGUCUUUCCCAGUAUUCCACUGAAUAAAGUUUAUACAAGUACUACAAGUAUUUGUAUAUAAUUUCUCCAAAAGGUUAAUCACUUAAUUCCCAAAGCUUCUACGCCUUCCUGAUAAGGCAUACUAGAGAUUGUAAAUAUCUGUAAGGUAUAUUAGAGAUUGGAAAUUAUGUUGAUUCAAUCGGUUUAAUAUUGAUACUGAUAGAUUUUGUACUCGUGCGUACAAAAUCUUGUAACUAUGUAGAAAGGUGAAAACUAUGUACACAAUAUUAAUACCCUUCUUUCCUUUCUA